AGGCCACAGCCACUGACACCAUCCAUCCUCCCUAACCAUCUCAUUGCUGCCGCAGCAGCAGCCGAGCAAUCAUCUUCUCGAUCGAUCCCGGCAAUGGCCAAGAUCCAGCCCCUUCCGGCAGCCUCGCCGUCGGCGGAGUGGCACCAUGGCGACGGCGGCGGCGGCGGUGUGCAGGGGAAGCAGGCGGUGUACACGGUGUGGAUGAAGUCGCUGGUGUUCAACGGCCAUGGCUGCACGGUGUACGGCUCCGACGGCCGCGUCGCCUUCCGCGUCGACAACUACGGCUGCAGGGGCAGCCGCGACGUCUUCUUCAUGGACACCGCCGGCACCACCCUCAUCGGAAUCCAAACCAAGAGCUUCGGGAUGAUGAAGAGAUGGGAGGCGAGCCGGCACCACGGCGGCGAGAAGGAGACGACGACGGCGACGGUGACGACGCCGUGGUUCAGAGUGCAGAGGGGCCGAGGUCCAGGAGGAGCCAUGGCCACCGUGACGCUGCAUGGCGGCGUCGGGAUGGCGUACAGGAUCGACGGGUGCCCGAGCAAAUCGGAGUACAGGAUCAGCCGCGGCGGCGGCGGCGGCGGCGGCGGCGACGGCGAGGUGGUGGCGGAGGUGGCGAGGAAGCAGACGGCGUCGGGGGUGGUGCUCGGUGAGGACGUGCUGACGCUGACAGUGGGCCCGGGUGCGGAUCACCUCCUCGUCUUGGGAUUGGUCGUCGUGUGUGGCCUCAUCAGCCGUGCUAUGUGACUCUACAACCACAAGAACGAAUUUGUUCUUGUUUUUUUCCUUUUUUUUCUUUUCUUUUAUUUUAAAAACUUCUUUUAAAAAAUAUAUUUUAUUGCUGGUUUAGAUGGUAGAUGAAGACACCAGUUUGAAAUUGGGAUUGAGUUUGUUUGUAGGGAACAGUUUAGACAAGGUUUUUCACCAAGCUGUGGACGGUAGUCCCUCUUGUGGUGGAUGUUUUUUUUCCCCUUCUAGGGGUUUGUCUGAACAAUCAUUAAGAUUGGAAUAUAUAAGUACAGAGUUUUUUUUUUUGGUGAUGA